GAUACUGGAUGCACAGUCGCGCGCAGAACGUAAGGCUGAAUCAGGUUUCAGGACCGGUAUCGUGAUUGUGAAAAAAAAAGGAAACAAAGAUUCUGAAGCUCGCUAUCCCAUUCCUGGAGGCGUUCGUUCAUUUCCGUCCAGGGACGUCACCAUCACGACAUCAUCACAAGCUGUAAAACGCGAUGACCCAAGGACUUCGCAAACCACCUUCUUUCCUCCCGAUUCGAUCGACAAAUGUCUGGACCCUUUGAACUGUCGAUAUUCGUUCUCACUGAAUCGUGCAUUGACUGAAUGCGCAGAAGAGUAUGUGGUUAGAUCGAAAUUGGGUAUGGCCGAGGAACGUGUGCUCGUGAGAUAA